CGCAUUUGCCAGCGUUGGAGAGGUUGUGUCGGAUGGUUUAUUGAGAAAUAAUUGUUGCCAUGGCAGCGGGCUUCGUCGGUUCGACGAAAAGCUUUCCAUUCUCCUUUGAUGUCGACGUAGACGAGGAGGAACACAGUAGGGGCACACCUCAUCUCAAUAAACGAAUAGGUAGUGAGAGCCCAACAAGUGCAGUAGGGGCGGAGGCACCCCGGGAGCUUCCAAAUGAAUUGUCGGCGCCCUACGAGGUCCCACAGUUCCCUAUUGAACAGAUUGAGAAGAAGCUGCUAAUACAGCGUCAGCUCAAUGUCAAGGCUGCAGAAUGUGGGCAGUCAGCUCGCUCGUUCGCGGGUAGCGAGGCUGGCGGAGCGGUGUUUGAAGAAGCCGCCCGCCUAAGAGUUGAUGAUGAUGACUUGGACGUCAUACUUCCUCACUUUCAACGAGUGGCCAUCAGCGGAGAAGAUACCUCCGGGGUCCCGCUAGAAGACUUGCAGCAAGCCUCCUCUUAUCUGGUGCAAGCUUUAGAUAUCCGCAAGCGAUACAUGGAUAUCUCCAACCAGACCUUCUGCAGCAUCACGGCUCGAUUCCUUAGAUCAAUAGAUCCAGAAGCGGAAGCCAACCAUACGCCGAUUGUUAAAGCACCUCAAAGACAUAUAGCUGAUCACAUAGUCCACCCCCCUUUCAAAGACAACAAAGACCCGUGGGAAUGUCCAAUGCCGGAACCUAAAAACUAUAAAAUCAAGUCGGAUGGCGGAGUCUUCAACCUGUACAGAGACGAGGAGUGCAAAGACAGAGUGCCGUACGAGUACGUCACCCUGACCCAGUAUAUACAGGACAUGAAUGUCAUGUGCACGAUGAUCGCUGAUGGACCAUUGAAAUCGUUCUGCUACCGUCGCCUGAGUUACCUAUCAUCCAAGUUCCAGUUACACGUACUUCUCAAUGAGUUACGUGAACUCGCGUCACAAAAGGCCGUUCCGCACCGGGACUUUUACAAUAUUCGCAAAGUAGACACACACAUACACGCGGCAUCGUGCAUGAAUCAGAAGCACUUACUUCGAUUUAUUAAAAAGACGCUGAAAAAUCAUGCUGACGAGGUGGUGACACUCCACAAAGGCACCCCGAUGACCUUAAAGGCUGUUUUCCAAUCAAUGAAUCUUAGCACAUACGAUCUUACCGUUGACAUGCUCGACGUACACGCAGACCGCAACACGUUUCACCGAUUUGACAAGUUCAACGCCAAAUACAAUCCUAUCGGAGAAAGUAGACUUAGAGAAGUCUUCCUCAAAACUGACAAUUUCAUGAAUGGAAAAUAUUUCGCUAGGAUAAUUAACGAAGUAGCAGCAGACUUAGAAGAGAGUAAAUACCAGAAUGCAGAGCUCCGUCUGUCCAUAUACGGGAAGAGUCCCACAGAAUGGGCCAAGUUGGCCAAAUGGGCGAUACAGUAUGACGUACACUCCAAUAAUGUACGCUGGCUGAUACAAAUACCACGGUUAUAUGAUAUUUUCAAAUCAAACAAGAUCAUGAACAACUUCCAAGAAUUCUUGAGUAACAUUUUCGAGCCUCUCUUUGAAGUGACCAAAGAUCCCAAUAGCAAUAUUGAGCUUCACAAAUUUCUUACGCACGUAGUCGGAUUUGAUAGUGUGGACGAUGAAUCGAAACCGGAAAAUCCGAUGUUGGACGUGGACGUCCGUGUACCCGCGCAGUGGGAUGACGAGGAGAACCCGCCCUACGCCUACUACCUUUACUAUAUGUACGCUAAUAUCACCGUGCUGAAUCACUUUAGGAAGGAACAAGGUCUGAACACAUUUGUGUUACGACCGCACUGUGGUGAAGCCGGUCCAGUGCAACAUCUCGUAUGUGGGUUCAUGCUUGCUGAGAACAUCUCGCACGGAUUGCUUUUGAGGAAGGUGCCAGUCCUGCAAUACCUGUACUACUUAGCCCAGAUCUACAUCGCGAUGUCACCUCUGAGUAACAACUCCCUCUUUCUCAAUUACCAUCGCAAUCCGCUUCCGGAGUUCCUGGCACGAGGCCUUUGCAUCACACUCAGUACUGAUGACCCGCUGCAGUUCCACUUCACCAAGGAGCCUCUAAUGGAGGAAUACAGCAUUGCGGCGCAGGUGUGGAAGCUCAGCUCGUGUGACAUGUGUGAGCUCGCACGGAACUCGGUGCUCAUGUCGGGCUUCCCGCACGAGAUGAAACAAUAUUGGCUCGGUCCCACCUACACGAAGGAGGGUGUGGCCGCAAACGAUAUAACUCGCACUAACGUACCGGAUAUACGUAUCUCCUUCCGUUAUGAGACUAUACUCGACGAACUAACCAAUAUAUUCAAGGACGGGAUGUCGACUCGCUGAAACCGGAUGGGACUGCUUUUGAUAUCAUUUUGUAUAAUGUAUAAAGAGCAGUAGAUUAAAAAAAAAAAUUAUAAGACCAUAAAAAAAAUUGUUUUGUUUAAAUAUUGUACCAAUUAAUACUAAUCAAAGCAAUUUUUCUCUUUUUCUUUUGCAUUCCAAAACAAUGGUUUACGCGGUUGCAAUUUUUAUUAAUAUGACAUAAAAAAACUGCUAUUUGUACAUUUAAUUCAUUUGAAUGAUUGCUCAUUUAUUGUGGUUAGUUGUUUAAGUUAAAAAACAUAAACCAUUGAUCUACUGCUUUUUAUUAAUGUAUAUUUUCUUCUUCUAACUUCUGUAGUUUUGGAUAUAUGUAUUAUAUAUUUCAUCUAAUCCACACUUCCACUUAAUUGUAUUUUAAUCAUUGUUAAUUUAAUUGUCUAACAUAUGCUGGUAUAUUUAUGGGUUAAGAAUCAUUUGCUUUUGGGGUGAUGUAUAAUGAUACUGAUGUGAUAAUUAGGUGCGAAUUGCUUCUGAAAUCUAUUUCAUCUUUUUUUAUCAUUAUAAAACAUUUUUUACUGGUUAAUUGUAUUAAAAUUAACCAAUACAAAAUGUCUAAAAUAAUUAUUUAAAAAUUCAAGAAUCUAAAUGGACCUUGUCACAAGUGUUGCAGAGAAUAGGAAUAUUUUUAGGAUGCCGUUUAGUCAAAAAUUGUAAUCCACAAAUAAAAAUAUUUGGUCCCUUUUAGUGAUACUAUAUCUAAUUGAAUAUUUGUCAAAUUUUGCCUUUGGGUAUAAGAUGUAAUCUAUAUAUAUAUAUAGUACUAUAUACUAUAAACGUAUAUAUGUAGCGUCUAUAUAUGGGCUAUUAAUUGUAUUCUGACAGUGUUUUAAUUUAAACUAAUUUAAGGGUUAUUACAUUAUUUCGUUCCAAAUGGCUAAAGUUAGUUAAGUUUAACAACUUGUUGCAGUCUCCCGCUGACCAUAGACUGUAGAGUAAAUGACAUAAACUAUUUUUUUAAGUUCAAAAAGUCACUAUAUGUUUGUUUUAAAUGUGCUAAUGUGUGUCUAAGAAGCUUAUGUUGUUGUUUGUAUUGCAUGAUUUUACAAACAUUGCGUUGACUAAUUAUAAUGUCUUAGCUAUAU